CGGCGGCGGCGGUGUGUUUGAAACAGAGCGGCAGCAGCGGCGCCCCAGGCAGUGAUGGCAGCCACACUCUCCAGGAGCUGGUCCUUCUUCAACACCCGCCACAGCACCCGCACUAAGAAUUACCUGAGCCAGGACUACCAGCCGAGCACCCCCGGCAGCCGUGUUAACCUGCAGGAGAGGUUCAGGCAGGAGGAGGGUCGUCAGAGGAGAACUUCCCUGCCACCACCGCCUCCCACACACAACAACACAUUCACCCAUCAUCAGCAUUGUCCUAAAGCAAAGGGGUCUUGCCAAAUUACUCCUAACAUUAGCUGCUUGGAUAAGGAAAAUUGCUCUAAGAACAACGAUCAAGAGGAAAGCUGUUAUAACGAGCCUUGUGAAUGUCUAUCAAGUAACACAAAUUUCCCACCAAACCAUCCUCACAAAUCCCAAGAUGGCAGCAAUAACCACACAAGUGGGUCCCAUCGUUCUUUCCACCCAUUGUCAUCCCUUCCUCAUAGACCACUUCGGAAGCUGCCCUCAGGCAUAGCACCACUCUGGAACAACAUCCAUGAUAAUGUUUCACAGCUGAAACCACAGACAAGCAGAUUCUUCAAUGAGGGUGGCAGGAGGAUGAAUCGUGCAUUACAGGGAGUCAGGACAUCAUUUUCAUCUUUUACACAGAUGUUUCGAAACUCGACUCGUCGUCGGUACAGAUUAGAUGGUGGAACACCGACUCGCACUCCUCGGCGAACUCCUGGCAAACUUUAUACCCCUUUUGAUAUAAGUACCCCUGCCACUCCAAAUAGUUACACCAAGGGACCUAAAAGGCUCCAAAAUGCUACUGCAAGAAGGAACAUCAAUGGUAAUGAGAAUCGGGGUGUAAUCCGAACACCAAAGCACUCUGCAAGUGCCCCUACAAGUUCUCGUCAGUGGGCCCAUUUCCAUUCUCCUUCUCAGUCUUUACAAAGGGAUAUGGCAGCAGUGAACCGAGGGUUGAAAGAUCUUGAACAUGUCAGGAGUGGAAUCCUUCAUAAUGGAAGAGAGAAGUGGAUACAGUUUUGUUGAAUGUGAGCCCAAGUGUUAACUAAGAAGUUUUGUACAUAUGUUGUAACAUGCUAGCAUAUAUUCAUUACAGGAACUGGUAAUGCAAUUCUUUUAUAUUGAAGAUGAAAUCAGAAAAUAUAUUUUUCCAGCAUUUCAAGUGGUUUUCCUGCUUUACUUUCUAGAGCAAUAGGUUUUUGUAUGUAAGAAAAUCAUUUUAAUACAUAUUCCUAGGGAAGAAAUAAUAUUAGUAAUUUUUUUUUUCCAGCAGUUAGCAAAUAUGCUUUUAUGCUUAUAUCUCAAGUUUAAUCUGUAUGGAAAAGCUACAGUAUGCUUCAGUGUCAAGCACUAAUUGUAUUUGCAUACAAAGAGUAAGUUUUUUCCAAGAAUGUAAUACUCAUUAGCAGAGGCAGCUCCCUGAUAUCUCAGAUGGUUAAAUUCUUACAAGAAAAUUUUCUGUAGCUAUUUGACAGUAUAUAUGAUGGUCUGACUAUCUCCCUUUAACACCUUAGUAAUAUCCUAUGUCAUGAUUCUUCCUUUUAUUCUGUCAUUCGUUCUACCACACUUCUUACAUGUGAUCUUUAUUAACCCAUCCAUCUUGCUCACUACCAUGCCUUUUCUCAUUCACUUACUGGCAUUUGUUUGUCAUUCUCUUCACCUAGAUUUUAUACAGGUGCUGAUUUACUCUGUGGCUCCUGGAGUUGUGUAAAUAUGCAAAUGAUAAUUUUGUUUACCUGUCAGUCUUAAAAUAACCUCUGCUUAUAUUUGGUAUACACUUUUCUUAGCUAUUUGUUUUUAAUAGUUGUUACUUUUUGUAAUACUGCUGAAAUUCCUUUGCAGUUAAGAAGACCCAGUAUGAGACUAGGCCAUUGGGGUGAUGGUCCCUGGUAGUGAUGGGAGGGUGGCAAAUUUUUUGUUGCUGUGAUACUCAGUUUUAGGCCAUUACCAAUACUUACUUUUAGGCUGAUGCCUAUACUCAAUUUUAGACUGAUACCAUCACAGUUAUCUGAUACUCACUUAUACGGGAAGCAAACUGCUAAUUAGCAGGUGGUGCUGUUUGCCUGACUAGGGUGCAGCAGAUAGCAGGGAUGGUGGUGUCUACUAAAUGAUGCAGAAACAUUAUUGACAAACGAUUAAGACAUGCAUUGAGUUUAAAUUCCAGUGCUAACAAAAUCUCUUAUGUGCCCAGGGGCUCCACUGAGGCUCUUAGGUCUGACUUCCACCUCUGGGUGAUGGAUUUCAGUUAAACUGUUAAAGGGACGCUGAACACUUUUUUUUUUUUUUUUAUACUGUAUAGUACCCCAUCAGCAGUCUUUUGCCAAGGUAGGCUGACCCAAAAAUAGAAAUAUUCACCAUCAUACUUUCAAUAUCUGUUUUACCAGAAGUUCCUAAACAUAAUUCAAGUGAUCCUUCAAACUGAUACAUUUCCACUCCUGUUUUAGAGUGCAGGCACUGUACAUCCCAUUUCCAGGACACUCGGCUAAUCAUUGUCAUUUAAUCCGUAAAUGCUAUUUUGCACACAUUCCAAUAUGUCAAAUCCCUAAAACCAUAUAUAUCCACUCCCUUCAAUCAAACAUUUUUCCACUUGUGUACUCUCCUACUCUUCCUAAGACAAUGCCUAUCCCUCCUUUCUUCUACUCUGUAUUCUAUACCCUCUUGGUCAUCCUGUUCUGCUUCAUCCUCUAAAUGCCCAGAUGACAUUAACAAUCCCUCCUCUGCCAUCUGAAUAGUACCUUUCAUACUUCAGUCUUCUAAUAUUUACUUCCAAAUUUUUUGCAAGAUUUUCACAUCACACAUUGCUCUCAAAUAUGACAUGACUGUUUCCAAUCUUAUUGAUGCAACAUUUAACAUCUAUGCCUUGCGCCAAUAUAAAAGUUUUUUUUUUUUUUUU